AUAUCGACUUCAUUAGCUGAGAGAUACCUUCAAGAUCGUUUCCUUGUGGAUAGGGAUACGGAUGCAAAUGGUGAUGACCAAAACACUGCCUCUCCUUUACCUACCAAGAUGGCAUUAGGGGGAAAUGCGCAGCCUCCUAAAUAUAGUCAUAGGCACUUGAUCAUUGUUUUAGUGCCAAGGGUUCCUACGAAUUUUUUCAGGAUCGUUGUAAAGUGA